UAUCUUUAGUUGUCUGCACUCAAGUGACAUUAAUGGCAUAGCAAUUCGCAAAAACUUUUAUCAAUUUGAGCUUUUUAUGUAAUAAACAAAGGAGGGGAGAUUAUCGAUCAACCAUUUUCUAACAAAGUUCCAGAAGAAAGUAAUGGCUUUACUCUCUGGGACUGUGUACUGGCAGAGUGAGCAUUAGAUCUGCUGCUGGUCAAUUGUCGGUGGUGGCCAAACCCUCCAUGGCUGCAGUCUUUGGUUCAAUGGUUCCACUCCAUUUCUUUGCCAGAAUCUCAGGCCUUGUAGUCGCAGGUUUGGUACUCCUCUUGUCCCUUGCCUUCAAGUCUAGCUUUCUUCCUCACUCAUCCUCUCAAGAAGACCUUAUCUAUGCGGUUCUUCAUCCUUUGCUAAUGGUGAUUGGCUUCAUCCUCAUCAGUGGAGAAGCAAUUUUAGUUCACAGGUGGCUGCCUGGUUCAAGGAAUUUGAAGAAAUCAGUGCAUUUGUGCCUUCAAGGAGUGGCUUUGGCUUUUGGGGUUUUUGGGAUUUGGACAAAGUUUCAUGGGAAUGAUGGGAUUGUGGCUAAUUUCUUUAGUCUCCAUUCUUGGAUGGGUUUGAUCUGCAUUUCUUUGUUUGGAGCCCAGGAAAUAUAGGAGAAUGUAACCGCUCAAUGAUAGUUUAGGCGGUAAAUCUAUCUGAGUCAAACCAUAUGGAGUCGGGAAGUCUUGAGUUCGAUUCUCAUUGGGAGCAAUACCCUUGUAGACACGCGUUGAGAUUUGGCACCACCUACCCUCUCAUCUAAUGGGAAACGUGUGUGCGCGCGGGUCUGACAGCUAUAGUUUAUGUCCAUAUCGAAUGUAUAAAUGAUAAAUUUAAACGAGUU